GUUUGCGCACAUUACCAGAUUUCUCGGCAAAAACUUAUACCACUACAUCAAGGUGAUUCCCCAGUUUAAUGAAAAAAAUCGAAGUUUGAGGCAACCGUUGUCUUACGCGAGCAACAAGGUGGUGAGUAGAUGACGCCGAACAUCAGGUGUCACGUUGUAACGGUUUUUUGUUCCGCGGCAUCAGAGCAAAGUCAUAUUUCUAGUUUUUGCUUAAGAUUACAGUUGAUAGAUUUGGAAUAUAAUCUAGUUGAGGAUAUGAAAAACGAUGAUGAUAUAGAACACUCCACGCCUUUAUCGAUUGAAUGCCUCAGCUUAAGUAGUAUGGGUUGCUCUACACCAAGCUGUCGAAUUUGUAAGUCAUCCAGGCGAUCUGAACAGGAAUUGGGGGAGCUCCUUGCUAGUCCCUGUGAUUGCAGGGGCAGUCUUGGUUUCGUACACAAACAUUGUAUGGAGACCUGGCUACACGUGCGCAAGCAAGACACCUGUGAAUUGUGUCAUUUUAAAUUUGAGACCAAGAGGAGAUACAAGCCAUUCCGUGAGUGGCAGUUUAUCCAAGUGCUAGAUAUGCUUAACAACAACGAAAAAGGCGUCCUUAUGCUGGGAUUUGUAAACUUCUUGUUGCUCAUUCUCGAGAUUCCCUUUCUCUACUACGUGUUCAAAAUGAACAGCAAGUAUUUUGCCAAUCAUAUAAAUAGCUUUGAUGAAAGCCAAGACGAUUCUUCCGGAGUCAGCGCUCUUCUUCUGGCAUUGUUGUUGUUUUUCUCGAUAGUAUUGUUUGCGUCCUCUAUCAUCUUUACUGUAUUUGGUUUAAAGAUAUUGCGUAAGGUUUUGGGGUAUAACACAGAAGUUAUGUUAAUCAUUCCCAUGAGGCGUUUGGAGGAGUCGAUGGAAGAGGAACAUGUUGUGUAACUCUGGCAACCAAAAAACAGGCCG